AUGGAUGAAGUUAUAAAGGAAAUGAUGGAAGGAUUAGCUAUAAAUGAAUCAUCAUCAUCAUCUUUGUAUGUUGAUCUUGAGUAUGAGUUUGAUGCAUGUCAGUUCUUCGAUUUAUCUGUUAACGAAACGGAUUCUGAUGUACGAAAAGCAGAAGGAUGGUUCAGAUGUAUUCCUGAAUAUCCGCCUGCUCCUUACAUUUUGAAGAUUAAGCUGAAGAGCACUCCUGCAAAUGAAGUUUAUAGCACCAACUCCCUCAAAACAGGAGGUGUUGAAGAUGUUAGUCCGUCCGUGAUAACUCCUUCAGAUUGUGGCUUAAUGUCCUCUUCAGAUGAGAAAAAUGAAGUUUUCAGUUGUGAAAAUCUCCUUGCUGAUAUACAAUUUCUGAAAGGUGAAUUCAAGUCCAUGAGUAGAUCAUCUAAUUCAAGUACUAAAACAUUUAUGAAGCCUACUGCCUGUCGUAUGGCCAAGCUGAAUAACAUGGUAGAUACUCAUACCGGAAGUGAUGGAAGGUCACCAAAGGUUCAAACUCCUAAUGGAUCAGAAACUGAAGACACCAAAAGACAGAAAUUAGAGAUUGGCUUUUUGCGUAAGGUUUCACAGCUGAAGCACCAAACCUCACUUUCGCACAAGACAAAGCCCGGAUCUAAAACUACCGUCCCUAAAGAACCGAAGUUGAUGACGGAAGAAAGAGCUCAAUGGCGUAGGUCCCAUAGUAAUCCUGAAACGAAUAUGCAUACCUUCAAAGCACUACCAUUGAAUAGAAAGAUAUUUGAUUCUCCUUCAUUGCCCAUCCGUAUGAAAAGCAUGACUCGGUCCACGCCUGAAAUACAGAAGUUUCGCUUCAAGUAUGACAACUGA